CUAUAGCAAUGUGGAUCUAUGUUACUAUUUUACAAAUUAUUACAAGGACAAAACAGAUUAAGAAAUAUGAAUAUUGCAGGAGCCUUGAAGACCACGCCCACUUGCGACGCGAAAAAAACGUGAUUGGACGUUCUCUUGUGUUCCGCACUUCCGCAGUUGAAAAAUACGGCAAAACAAAGCUUCACAGAAUCAUAGCCAUGGAGGAACAUAUUUCCCAAAUGCUUGACCAUGCCAACACUGAGUUUAAAAAGCAGAAUUUCAAACAAGCAGAGGAAUGGUACACAAAGUUUAUCUCUUCCUGUUUACAGUCCAGACAAUGCGAGGCUAAUGAUUUGGCCAUUGCUUAUAACAACCGUGGACAGAUAAAGUACCUCCGGGUGGAUUUCUAUGAAGCAAUAGAGGAUUACACUUACGCAAUACAUGCUGACAGUCAGUUUGAAAUACCUUUUUACAACAGAGGACUCAUCCACUAUAGAUUAGGUUUUUUUGAUGAUGCCAAGAUUGACUUCCAGCAAGUAUUAAAGCUUAAUCCAGAUUUUGAAGAAGCCAAAGUGAGCCUGCAGCAGACACUUCUGGACCAGCAGCAGAAAAUAAAAAGAGGAUACUGACAGCCUUGUAAAUUAUAGAAUAUAUGUAUAUCCUGCAGUGAGGUUGUUAAAGAAAAGAUUUACAGUACUAAUGUGUGCCUACCUACCUACCUACUUACCUAGAUAUACCUAUUUUGUCAUAUAAUAAAAUUGCCAAUAUUUAAUCUGAAGAUGCACAAACAUAAAGCAGUCUACACAAACAAAUACACAGCUGAAAAUCAAACAGUAUUUACAAAAUGCAAAAUCAUUUAUUUUAACUCAAUAAAGGAAGUAAAAAGACA